UCUGAAAACUCUUUUUCUCUAUGAAUGUAACCGAAACAUUUAUUUCAGAUUGUCCUUAUUAAGAUGUUCAUCAUACACCAGGCCAUCAUGCAUUCAACCACAGCUCUACGAUUGGACAUGACAAAUAGGCAACUGACAACAAUAACAGACAAAGUGUUCAAAACAGAAACAACUGCAACAAUUCUUUCGCUGAACAACAAUAACAUUUCGGAAAUUGAGGCUGGUGCAUUUGAAGGUUUAACAUUACUGGAAAGGUUAUAUCUGCAAGUCAAUAAAAUUGCAAAAUUGAAACUUGGAAUUUUUCAGGACCUCACCUCUUUAUUUUACCUUCGACUUUCUGAUAAUGAAAUAUCAGAGUUAACGCUUGGUGUUUUUAGGGGUUUGAAGUCAUUAAAAGUGCUAGAUGUAAGUGGUAAUAGACUUCCAAAGUUGACAAAAGGCAUGUUCAAUAACCUCACCGCAUUG